AUGUCGGAGCCAGAGCCUCCCGUGUUUGAUGAACUACCCUUGGGUCAAACUCUGAAUGUCACUGAGGUACUGGUGGAUUCCGGUGUUCCUUCCGUGAACAUGACUGGCUGCACGAUGAAUCUUGAUGACGAUGUCACGCAGCCUGAAGCGCAAGCAGACAGUACAGAUACUCUAAGCACCAUUCAAGACCAGUAUCCCCAGUGGAAAGCGGUCCUCGUUCACUUGCAGCUCAAGAUGAGAUCUGAUGUUGCCCUCGGGAUACCCAUUAAUCCAUUCUUACUCACACAAGCCAAUUACUCCGAGGAAAGGAAAGAGUUUGUCAGUGAGCUCUUCCAACGGAGCCUCACUGUGGUUGGGAUAGAUUACGCAUCUCUGGAUCACGUUAUAUCAUCCGAUGGGCAUACCCAUAUCAUAGAAGACGCUAUAUUGGGGAUGGUCGGUAAAUGGUUGUCUGCGCUUCUGUCCCUCAUGAAACGGGCAGCUACCAUCACAAUCGCAGAUGGCGGACUGAUGAACAAUUUUACCCUUCAAAACACAUGCCCCUUCGCUCUGCAGAGUGACAUGUGUUCCAUGUGUGUACAACUGAUGAACAUGUUUAUGUCUCCCUACUCGACCUGUUUCCUGAUUGCUACUAAUGAUCUUGGGCAGUUCCUUCGCAUGGGCAUUGCAAAAUCACUCGUUCACUAUCUGGUAUACCGGCCCACUAAAUCAGCCAAUGCACGCCUCACAUCUACCCCCGGCGACAUUAGUCAUUACAGCACUCUCCUCUCCUAUCUGAUAGAUACGGUCAAGACAGGGGGAGUCAGCACUAACCUAUCACAAUUUCCUUCUGUUAGCAAGGUAUAUGACAAACUUCUCAGGACAGCAAUGGACCUGUUCACACAGCAAGGUGACCCAGAACUCCCGAUUCUCCACAUUUACCUUGCAGGGUUUUGCAACUUGAAGAAAACUGACAUCAUCAAGAUUGCCCGCCGUAAAUAA